UUCCCCCAAACUCCGCAAACCUUCCCCCAAACUCGGCACAAAGUGUCCUUCAAACUGCAUUUUGGAGGCGGAUCGCUGAGGAUUCCGCACCUCAGCCGAUGGUUUUCCUCCUGACUGACCCCUGCACUGCAUCCUCAGUUUUGGAGGGAUCCCUGCUCCCAUAUCAGCACAAUCCAAGAACAAAGAGCCCAGACAAUGUCAUUUCCGAAUCAAAGUAGGAGUGUGGGACAAAAAUCAUUGCAGUGCUCCCCAGUGGGCAGGAGCAGCAGAGCCCGUGUUGCCCAGCGCAUCUUCACUGUCACACCCUUGUUCCUGCCCAAAGUGAGCCAGGCCACCGUGCCGCUCUCUGUCAGCCAGUGCGGCCCACAUAUUAAUCCUCUACACCCACCUGGUGUAAAGCGACGAACAGUCAGUCUGGAAACCCUCUCAGCUCAUCAUCACAACCAGCAGAGAGUCACGGUGAUGCAGCAGAAAGAGUAUAACAGGUAUCACCAGGGAUGGCAACGGCCAUUUUAUGGGUCUGUGGCCGAGAAGGAGGAAUAUAGGUACGAGAUCCGUCAGCUGCUGAAAUGGCAGAUGAGCCAGCGCUGGGAGGGGCAGCGCCAUGCCCUGAUCGAUCGUAUCCGGGAGGGAGAAGCCGCCAGCGAGGCACAGAGGCAGGAGCUCCUGCGGGACCGCGAGAAGCAGGUCAUCCGCGCACGCUUCCUCCAGGCAUUCCGGGACGAGAACAAGAGGUUGAUGGAAAUUCAGUGGAAGGAGAAGAAGUUAGCGAAGUCCCUGGACUCGCUGAGAGAACGUGAGCUGCUUCAGUAUAACCCCAUCAACUGGAGCUGCACACUCAAGUAGGCCUCAGGCCCACCACCAGUCUUCUAUCAUCUUUCGCUCAGCAGAUAGGAACCCGGGAGCUGGUGAUGGUGUUUUAUUUAUAUCAAUAAUAAUCUUUGUUUGAUUCAGCGCCUAAAAGGUUGAAACAU